AUGAGAGUAGCUCAGCUCGUGCCUUGGGGUGCGGUGCUGACUGGUUUUGCUGCGUCCCCGACCUCGGCGGCUCCCAACGCAGACACCUCUGUCUAUCAUGACUCGGAGACGGGAUUCACGUUCACGCAGUACAACGGAAAAUACACGCUCAACAACGCUGCUAUUACCUUCCGCGUGGCCGUUCCGAGCGGUGUUCCGGCCAACACAAACUUCGACGUUGUCCUUCAGAUUGUCGCCCCAAGGGAUGUCGGCUGGGCAGGACUUGCAUGGGGUGGUGGAAUGACACAAAACCCAUUGGCAGCAGCUUGGGGAACGUCGACUGGAGCUAUCAUCUCAUCGCGAUGGGCUACCGGCCAUUACCUUCCGCAGGCUUAUGCAGGUUCGACAUAUCAAAUCUUCAAGAGAGGCACCAAAAACAACGGGACACACUGGCAGGUGACGGCCAAGUGCUCCGGAUGCACCUCCUACGCCUACGGGUCGUCAUCGAUUAUAAGCCGGCUAAGUCCCACCGGCAGCAACCGAUUCGCGUUCGCCUAUUCGGCGCUGAAGCCCUCCAACCCCUCGUCAAACACAUCCGACUUUGGCGAACACAGCGUUAUCGGGUACUGGAACCACGACUUUGGAUCAGCAGCCAACCCGUCAUUUACAUCUUUGGUCGCGAAGAACUUGUAA